AUGUGUGUCGUCGUCAAGACAAGACAGCUGUCGGAGGACACGACGACGAGGCAGGCAAACAAACCAAAAUUGCAUUGGCCGGGAAUCGAACCCGGGCCGCCCGCGUGGCAGGCGAGCAUUCUACAAAACUUUGCCGAGCUUGAGGACGUCAUCGGGGAGCUCACCAAGGUGCUGCAAUCACCACCUAAACCUCGCCCAGGCGGCCGUCAGCGGGGCAGGGGGCAGUGCGACCCCAAUCAGGAGGCCAAGCGCAUUCAGCAGCUCUACAAGACCAACAGAAAGAAGGCUAUGCGGGACAUCCGACAGGAGGAUUCUCCUCUCUGCGAGGUCCCGGGCGACGAGGUCGCUAACUAUUUCGAGGAUGUGUUCAAGGAGACCAUCACCGAGCUGCCGCCUCUUCCUGCCUCUGCUGUACUGCCCCCCACUCAGCGCCAGGAUCCUAUGCUCGUCACCACCAUUGACAAAGAAACCAUCACCGCGCGCCUAGUACGCUGCAGCGAAACAUCCCCUGGCGCUGAUGGGGUUACAUAUUCAAUCAUCAAGCGCAAGGAUCCCGGUGCUCACAUGCUUGCUGUGAUGUACAACUCCUGUCUGCGUUACAAGCGCAUCCCAGCAGCAUGGAAGGAGUCGCGUACCAUCCUACUCUACAAGAAGGGGGACAAGGGCGAUCUCGGAAACUGGCGCCCGAUUGCCCUGUCCUCCUGUCUCUACAAGAUCUACUCCGGGAUCCUUGCAGACAGCCUGGGCCGGAGGGCAGCUUCUACGGGAGCUGUUUCUUAA